GUUAUAUGCACAAUUUAAGGAUAUUGGUGACAUUGUACUGACAAAAUGGUCAUGGAUUUAUCAAUCAAGAGAGAGGUCAGCUCGCCAAGCUCUAGCGAUGAUGAAGCAGUUUACAGAAAAAUAACAAACUUUUCUAUAGCAGAAAUUUUGAAGCCAGAUUUCGGAUGUAAGCGACGAAUUACAGCACCGUUUUUAUCUCACAGAAUAUCUAUGAAAUUACCAACAAGCCCUCCUUAUAAAGAGAGAAAAGAAAUUCCAUCACCAAAAGCUCCUGAAGCAGAAUCAAAGAAAAAGUCCACAGAAUUGUGGCCAGCUUGGGUAUUCUGUACUCGUUAUUCAGACAGACCUUCAUCCGGUCCGAGAUGUCGCAAGCCAAAAAAGAAACAAACGGAAAUGGACAAACGACCACGGACUGCGUUUACGAAUGAUCAAUUACAGAGGCUCAAACGUGAAUUUGAUGAAAACAGAUACCUUACCGAAACCAGACGACAAAAUUUAGCCACAGAACUUGGACUUCACGAAUCUCAAGUGAAAAUUUGGUUCCAAAAUAAGCGCGCGAAAUUGAAGAAAUCUACAGGAACCACAAAUCCCUUGGCAUUAAAAUUAAUGUCGGAAGGACUUUACAAUCACAAUACGGUAGUUGUAGACGAUAGCGACAGUAUGGACAUGUGAAUACGAAACUAAACUUUAUUGUUUUAAUACGAAACUAAUAUUAUU